UAGUUGGAGUUCUAAACCUAGCCCAAGAGAGGGAGCGCAAGGAGUGAGCUAACAGAACUAGAAACUAUAGGUGCAUUUUUACUCUAUCGAACAUCGCUUUUGAAAGACUGUCACUUUUACUGCCCUGGAGCCAUCUUUCCAGCCUUUUAGUAUAACGCCAUCGAUCCCCGCCUGAAAACUCACACACGGUCGUGUCAGCUGGCAUGAGCUAACCCACCAGACAUGGAAACCAAACCUUUCAUGUCAUUGGGGUUCCUGAAGCCCCAGUGCUCGCUGGCUCCGCCCCCCCAGCGAGGACGCUCGGGGGAGGCCUGCUCCUGUUUCACCGGCAUGUGUCACCUCCACCACCCCCGGAUAUCUACAGAUUCAUCAGGUCAGGUGACCUCAUCUCCACUGAGCUCUCCCACGUCCCACCGGGGCAUGCACCCAUCCCUGCUCAACCCGUCCUCCAUGGGGCCCUCAGGCUCCUUGCACUCUCCGAUCAGCACCCUGAGUUCUCCCAUGAACGGCUUGGGCUCGCCCUUUUCUGUCAUCAACUCCCCCAUGGGCCCACACUCCAUGUCCUCACCCGGCAUGGGCUACGGUCCCAGUGUCAGCCCCCAGAUGUUCCAGCUGAACUCCCAAAUGAACUCGGUCAGCAGCUCGGAGGACAUCAAGCCCCCGCUGGGUCUCAACGGGGUGAUGAAGGUGUCCGCCCAGACCUCGCCGGGGUGCAUGCCUCUCUCCCUCACCAAACACAUCUGUGCCAUCUGCGGAGACCGCUCCUCAGGUAAACAUUAUGGAGUGUACAGCUGUGAGGGCUGUAAAGGCUUCUUCAAGAGGACAGUGAGGAAGGACCUGACCUACACCUGCCGCGACAACAAGGACUGUCUGAUCGACAAGCGCCAGCGCAACCGCUGCCAGUACUGUCGCUACCAGAAGUGUCUGGCCUGUGGAAUGAAGAGAGAAGUUUUGUUACACACAGCCGUCCAGGAGGAGCGCCAGCGGGCCAAAGAGCGCAGUGAGAACGAGGUGGAGUCCACCAGCAGCGUCAACGAGGACAUGCCCGUGGAGAAGAUCCUGGAGGCAGAGCUCGCUGUGGAACCCAAGACAGAGACCUACAUCGAGACCAACCUGGGCAUGCCAUCCAACUCGCCCAAUGACCCGGUGACUAACAUCUGCCAAGCAGCCGACAAGCAGCUCUUUACACUGGUGGAGUGGGCCAAGAGGAUCCCCCACUUCUCUGAGCUGCCCCUGGACGACCAGGUCAUCCUCCUACGAGCAGGGUGGAAUGAGCUACUCAUCGCAUCCUUCUCACACCGUUCGAUAGCGGUGAAAGAUGGGAUCCUCCUAGCAACAGGGCUACACGUCCAUCGUAACAGCGCCCACAGUGCUGGAGUGGGAGCCAUCUUUGACAGAGUGCUCACAGAACUGGUGUCCAAGAUGAGAGACAUGCAGAUGGAUAAGACAGAGCUGGGGUGCCUUCGAGCCAUCGUCCUCUUCAACCCAGAUUCUAAAGGCUUGUCAAAUCCAGGCGAGGUGGAGGCUUUGAGAGAGAAGGUCUACGCCUCUCUGGAGGCCUACUGCAAACAGAAAUACCCAGAUCAGCCUGGCAGGUUUGCCAAGCUGUUGCUGCGGUUACCAGCCCUGCGUUCCAUUGGUCUGAAGUGUCUGGAGCACCUGUUCUUUUUCAAGCUCAUCGGGGACACGCCCAUCGACACCUUCCUCAUGGAGAUGCUAGAGGCGCCCCACCAAAUGACAUAACUGCAGGCGGGGCGUCGCCCAUGUUCCCCUCGCCCCCUCCGCCUCUAACCCCUCUGGAUACGGAGGGUGGUCCUGCAAACCACUCCCCCUCGAGAGAUUAUGUGACAUCAUUGGAUCUAGAGAAGUCCCCCCUCUUUGAUGUGUUUCAAAAAAACAAGUUCAAUGUCCAUGGGUCUGUUUUAUACACUGUACAAAUAUAUAUAUAUAUAUAUAUAUAUAUAUAUAUAUUAUAACUCAUGAGAUUAAUUGAAAGACAACAAUGGACUGGUGAUGAAACGGACCGAGGGGAAAGGAAGUGUUUUAAGCCAUUGUUUUGUAACGUGAAACAACAACCAAGAAGAUCAGGUGUUAAAGGUAGGUCUGUUUGCAGGUGUAUUUUGAAUUGUGGCGGUUUCAUCAGCAGCGUAGGUGUUGGGAGAAUCGUGUUUUGGACUUGUUGAAGAGAGCCGGGGCUGCAUGGGCUGUCCCUGGCUCUGUUCGGGAAGCAUCUCACUUUCAGGACUAACUUAAGGGAGAUUGGUCCGUUUGCAGGGGGGAGGAACGAGGCCCGGUCUUGUCCGGUCCAAUUCGUUCAGGUGCUGUCCGGUUUAAUCCGGUCAGGUCCGGUUGGGUCUGUUUUGAGGUGUACUGUAUGUGUUUUGGGAGAGAAGGACUCAAGAGGUGGGACCAUGCAGAUGAACAGUGCUCCACUCAGGUCCCUCAACCCAAACUCAGCCGCUUCUCCACGUCUCCUUAUUCUAUUAGCACUGUGUGAACAUGAGAGGAGAGAUGCUACGCCGCUACAUCGGUCCAGUUUUCAGAGGCUCAGAUAGCUUUAGUGACUGAUUGGAGUGAAAGCCUGCAGUGUGGCCUCUUAGGACCAGAGCUGGAUGACCUUCAUGUGGCCUGAAAAAGCUUAUCUCUAGCACUACUCAUUCUGUUGUACUGUACUGACAUUAGGGGCAGUGUGUAUCUGGAUUCACCCUCACAUAAGCCCUAUACUACAUGUGCAUUGCUGUGUGCUCUGGAAGCUUGGCACAGGAAGACAAGGAAAGCAAACAGAUGAAAGUUCUCAUCGCUCUACUACAAGCAUUGUUCCUUUUUCCUGUCUGCGUUAAGGCGACAACAAAAUUAAUUUUUCCUGUCUGCGUUAAGGCGACAACAAAAUUAAUUUUUCCUGUCUGCGUUAAGGCGACAACAAAAUUCAUUUUUCCUGUCUGCGUUAAGGCAACAACAAAAUUAUUUUUUCCUGUCUGCGUUAAGGCGAAAACAAAAUUAAUUUUUCCUGUCUGCGUUAAGGCGACAACAAAAGUAAGAAGAAAAGGACAAAUGGUUUGUAGGGAAAUGUCAACUGAUCUGAACGUUUUAAAGUGAUGGCACGACUUUGUCAUGUCAUGUGUCCCUCCACCUCUGAGACCAUUCGUUUCUGCUCCUUCUGUGAAUUACAACACACCACACAGCAACCAAGCAUGCUGUUCCUCACGGUGUAACCUAGCUUUAGAAUGGCCUUUGACCUGUACAGGAUAUUACAACAGUAUUGAUGGUAUUUGUAAAAAAAGAAGAAAAAAAAAAGAAAUUGGCAAAAUUUGCAAUUACCUCUGUUUUCAUCCCUCAAACUCUCAGUUCUCUACAUAACCCCCCCAUGUCAAACCCCCCCAUGUCAAACCCCCCCAUGUCAAACCCCCCCAUGUCAAACCCCCCCAUGUCAAACAGCCCCAUGUCAAACAGCCCCAUGUCAAACAGCCCCAUGUCAAACAGCCCCAUGUCAAACCCCCCCAUGUCAAACCCCCCCAUGUCAAACAGCCCCAUGUCAAACAGCCCCAUGUCAAACAGCCCCAUGUCAAACAGCCCCAUGUCAAACCCUCCCAUGUCAAACAGCCCCAUGUCAAACAGCCCCAUGUCAAACCCCCCCAUGUCAAACAGCCCCAUGUCAAACAGUUCAUGAGAGAAGUGCUUCAAUGCAGUCGUGUUUAUGGUGAGAUGUUCUCUUAUUUGGAUUGUGGAGCCCAUGCUCCUCCAUUGCAAACUCUGGCCCAGACCAUCCAAUCUGACUGGAGGAUGUAGGCCUGGUGAAGAAACAGAGACCCUUGACUGCUCCACUGCCCAGCCUCUCCUCACCCUCAGAGGAAUCCACACCCUGCACUUCUCUGGACAACCCAGUUUCAUUUAAGUCAAACUGAAAUGUUAAAUAUGUAACAUUAUGUAUAAAUCUGCUAUAUGCCCAUAUUGCGCAUUUUUUUCUUUCUAUGCUGCAGCUGCUGCAUAACUAUGCAUCAAGCAUUUUUCCAAAGAUUGUCCAUAGAUAGUGCGGUUUCGUUGUUAUUAUAAAGGGGUGGUUAAACCCUGUCCCGUAGGACAGCAGACUGCUUUGGAUUAACCAUCAACUCUAGCAGAGCUCCAGGACCAAGUUUAUCAGCCCCACAUGAUAGCAGAAUAGAGAGAGACAGAGAGACUUAAACAGAGGAGGGGUUGACCAGUGAGAAUAGGGAACUUGGUGGCUGUAGGAGAGCUGUGACUUCCCCCUAGUGGAAAAGAUGCACAACUGCUACAUUACUUGAAUUUUGUACAAGUAUUUAAUCAGAAAAGGCACUUUUUCAUGACAUUAUCAAUAUUCAUUUUCCUCUUUGGUCAGACAAAACCUCAAUUGAAUACGUAGCAAUAACCACAGCAGGAUUGAUUGACAAGUCCUUAGUCCAAAUCUAGUUCAUGUAUUUUAGUGAGGUGGAUGAAUUUUCAUUAGGUCUUAUUUUAAACUAUUCAGGAAACAGAGAAAUUACUGCCGUGUUCAGGCCAAUUCUGUCUAAACAGUAUUUUUAUCUGGUCUAAAUGGUAAUUGUCAGUCAGGAAAAAACUACUGAAAAUGAAUUGGCUCAUUGUUCAAAUGAUUCCAACUUAAGCACUAGUAUAGGUAGUUCUCUGGAACAUGAGGUCAAAUCAGACUGGCACCCCAACUAAAAGUUCAGAAAAAUAACCACAUUUUGAUGAUUCAUUUAUUUGCAAACGGUUAUCCAACUUUUUUAAAUGUACACCUAAUCUGCUCUCUUGCUUAUGAUGUCUCCUUUUCUGAGCUUGAUUGGGUUCAUGUGAUUUAAGACCCAGGUAUAUAUAUACUGUAUGUAAAAGCCAUACUCAGAUGUGCAAGCUCACUCCCUCCUGCAGGAAAUGGACUGAUAUGAUUACUUAGGUAGAAUAAAUAGCUUAGAAAAAUGCUUCAUAAACCAUAAAGCUCUAUUUUGUCUAUAUGUAUAUGUGUAUAUAUUUAUAAAUAUAUAUAAAUCCUUUCCGUACAUUUGUCCAGUCAAUUUUAGCAAGAGGGAGACAACUAUUUCAGCUGAAACUAUUCUGAGCCAGGACAGAUUCCAUCAUGUUAUACGCAGUAGUUUUUUGGUGUAAAAAAAUGUAAUCUGAGUUCAACCUUGAUUCUCUAAAAGUCAACCAGCAGAAUACCAGCAGCUCAAAGCCCUAAGAGAAGGUCCCUUGCCAGCUAACAGCAGUUAUAUAUGGGACCUGAAAACAUAGCAAAAAACCUGGUUAAUACACUCAAAAUACCCAAAAAGCCCUCCCAAAUGGACUGUUGCUAAGCUACACAUACAUUCAACAAUGUUAUCAGGAGAUGCUGAGCUCAUGACACAAUCACUGCUUUCUUUGUUCCAUAAACAGUAAGAAGUAAUGGGGGGGGGGAAAUAAAAAUAUAUAUUUUUGUACAAACGUAAUUUCAUCCCUUGCUUAUGUACUCUGUCCCCCCCUCCCUUUUCCUCAUGUGGGCUGUUGUAUACAUUGUUUGAGUUAAUGUUGAUUUGAAAUGGGGCAGAAAAAAAUCAGACCAUGGAUGGUCAGGGUGGGGAGUGGUUGGCAAUGACACCCUGAUAACUGUCGUCUAUACUUUGUGGCUUUUUUGGCCUAUCGCUACAAGAUGGGAUUGUCCUCUUUUAGAUUGUCUAUUUUUAGGGAGAUGGAAAACGGCAUCUGUUCUUUGUGGGUUGUUAUCGGAUGUUCUUUCAUGGAAAGAAAAAAAUAAAACAAAUCUGAAAUGAAA